GUUUCAGUCUAUCUAUAAAAAAAUGAUUAAUCAGUCCAUUUCAAAACCCUUCGUUUUUUCGAUCUCUUCAAUUACAGCUAAGAAACUCAAAUCCAUAGAUUUCUAUUAUCGGCCAAGAAUUUGAUUUGAUUCAAGGAAAAGGUCAAUUCUGAGCUCUCAUCUUCUUCUUUGAAGGCGACGAAUCUGCCAUUAAUCUCACGAUCUUGCUUCAGCUCCUCUGUUCAAUCUCGAACUCAACGGAGAACUCGACGUCCACCAUUACUGUUUUUUCCUAAUGACCGAAUGGGCGGUGGAUAAAUGAUCUUAGGGGACAUGGGCACAAUAGGGGAAGUUUGGGGCAAAAAUGUCAAAAUGGAAAAAAGGGAGUACUAUUUUGGGUAAUUAUGUAAACUGGAACCACGGCAAAAGGCUUGGGUAGUUUAUGCCCUUCUUCUUUUCGACGGCGGCUGCAGCUUUCAUUUCGAAUUUCAAGCUCCAUAAUUUACGCAUUAAUGGCAUCAGUAAACUUUCGCUCUCUUCUUCUCUUCUCGGCACUUCUUCGAUUUUUUUUUAUAUUCUAUGGAGAAUGGCAGGAUACCCAUAUGGAAGUUCGCUACACAGAUGUCGAUUACCUUGUUUUCUCAGAUGCGGCCGCUCUAAUGGCUUCUGGAAAAUCUCCUUACGCGAGAUCAACUUAUCGUUACUCACCUCUACUUGCAUUUCUGCUCAUACCCAAUUCGAUUAUUCAUCGUUCAUGGGGGAAGUUCCUCUUCUCUGCCUCAGAUUUACUUGUGGGAUUGUUUAUCCAUACCAUAUUGAAGCUACGUGGUGUUCCUGAGAAUCUGCGCCUUUACUCUGUAGCAGCUUGGCUUUUGAACCCAUUCACCUUCACUAUUGGAACCCGUGGGAACUGUGAGCCUAUUGUGUGUGCCAUGAUCCUUUGGAUCAUAAUUUGUCUUAUGAAUGGUCGUGUGCGACAGGCAGCCAUUUACUAUGGGCUUAUUGUCCAUUUCAGAAUCUAUCCCAUCAUCUAUUCACUUCCUAUUCUUCUGGUUCUUGAUCAGCAUAGCUUUAAAACUGGCCAGACUCCUGCUAUUCAGAAAUGGAGUUCUAGACAGCAAAAACAAGACCAGAGUUCUAGGAGCAGAAAAACCUUUUCUCUUACCUCUCUAUGUUUUCUCUUGAAGAGCUUUGUGACAAAAGACAGGAUAUUUUUUGGUUUCAUGUCUGGGGCCAUGUUCUUCUUUUGGACUGGCCUUUUUUACCAUCUCUAUGGCUGGGAAUUCUUGCAUGAGGCCCUGCUGUACCAUCUCACCCGCACUGAUCCAAGGCACAACUUCUCCAUAUAUUUCUAUCAUAUCUAUCUUCAUCACCAACAUGGGUUUUCGAUGGUGGAAAAGCUCUUCUCUUUCCUGCCACAGCUGUUGGUACAGCUGGUUCUCAGCUUCUGCUUUGCACAUGACCUCCCACUCUGCCUUUUCGUACAGACACUUGCAUUUGUGGCAUUCAACAAGGUUAUCACAGCACAGUACUUUGUGUGGUUCUUUUGCCUGUUUCCUCUGAUAAUGCCAUGGAACACUAUGAAAAUGAAAUGGAAAGGUAUAUCCUGCAUUUUCUUUUGGGUUGGGGCCCAAUUGCAUUGGCUAAUGUGGGGGUAUCUGCUUGAAUUCAAAGGCAAGAACGUUUUUGUUCAGCUGUGGUUAGCAAGCCUAUUGUUCUUGGCUGCCAACACUUAUGUGUUGGUAAUGGUCAUCCAUCAUCACUUAAUCUCUCCAGUCUUUCUACCAUUGAAGAAAAUGAAUUCAUUUCGAGAAGAUGCCAGAAAGAUGAAGUGAGGGCAGAAGUUUUUGUUUCUCUUUUCUUCAGUUUUUUGUAUGCUUGAGUUUCUCUUUUCUGCCCUCUCUCGAAUGUAGUUAUAGUUGUAGUCUUCCACUGUUUUAUGUAACCUUUUAAUCCUUAUUCUAGUAAUAACUAACAAUUGAAUUGGCACCCA